AUGAAGUAUUCUGAAAGUGAAAUAGUUUCACUUAGGAAUGAUGCCAAGAAAAAUGCUCAUGUAUUUUAUGAGGAAUCUCAUAUUCGUCCGCGUUUCCAUAAAACUAAGAAUAAAGUUUUCUCAAGUGGGAAAGAUGAUGAGGAUGAAGACGACGAUUAUGUUUUCAAAUGGAGUUUAAGGAAGUGUUCUGCUACUGUUCUCGACGUGUUGGAGGAUGUGUUUAAUAUGGAUUUUCUGUCUAUGCCGUUACCUAUAACAAAAGAACUUCCAUUCUCUCCUCAAUAG